AUUAUUAGGUGGCAUCACAUAGAGAUCGCAAUUAAUUUUUGUCAGACAAAUCACUCGAGAUUCCACCGCGGUUCUAUUUCAAUCUCAGCAGGACCAAUGCUAUGGCAUCAUCAUUUCGUAAACACGGUUCAACAUUUACGUCUUAUUCGUUUCGGUCGUCAGGGUUGGUUGAAAGAGUUGAAAUAUUAACUUCAAAUACCUUGACCCGCUUUUAUGUUAUCGCCAUGGAAAGACACUUCCCAUGGUAAAAGUGAAAUGAUGAAAAUGGUUGUCUUUCUAGUUGCAAUAGCAGCAACUAGAGCUUUGCCCCUCUCGAAAGUGCACGUGAAAUUUAUUUCUCCUCCUCAUGUUUAUGAGCACGGUAUUACGACAGAUGGAGAUCGAACAAUAGAUCAGAGAUCCUACGUUUCGAUUGGAAGAAAAAGCGCAACGGGAAAUGUUAAAGAAUAUGGACAACGUUUACGCAACAAAGAUAUCGUUGCGCCGAUUCAUAUUAAACCGGAAAAUGCUGAAUCUCUAUGGCCUGUAGGCGUUUUCAUUCCACCAAUAGAUAUCAACGAUCUCGGCUAUAGUUCACAAGAAUCAAGACAUACGACACCUGAUUUCUCCAAUGGACUUGAAUAUCACGAUCCGUAUCUGUUGAUCGGCGAGGAAGCAAUGCUAGCUGUAAAAUAUCUUUAUGAUCAAGGUGAAUUAUUUUAUGAUGAUAUUCCUCACGAAAGAGCAUUGCUAAAAAAUCAAGAAGAAAGAAGACGAAACGGCCUUCACGAUCACAUAUUAAGAAGUUUGAGGCUAACUUCUUCAUUCUCUAGGAAAUCAUAAUGUACAGGAAUUUUAUUAUUAUUUACACUAAUUUUAUUUAUUUGCUUAUUGACUAUUAAAUCGUAAAAAGAUAUAUCAUAAAAAGAUGGAACAUCUUAAGUGAAAUGUAUUAUAUUUAUGCUUAUUAUUAUCAUUUGAAAAAACAAGUUUGUUUCACAUUCUAUAAAACUAAUGAGAAUAAUUAUAUAUAUUUUUUUGUUUGCACAGUCCGAAUUUUAAUGCAGCUAUAAGUGUAAUAAGAUGACUGUGUAUUGCGUUAUUAAUAUAAUAAAACAUUGUACCAUUUUCUGUACAAAGUUUUACAAAUGUUUAUUAUGUAAAAUGUA